GUAAUUUACGACGUGCUAAAAAUUCGAUGUCGCUGCCAUCUUGGCAUUUUAACUGUACACGAUCGUGAUGCAAGAAAACACUAGAUUGGUUGCAGUCAUAGUUCGUCUAUAGCUUUACGAUAAAAGGUCGGUAAUUGUUUUUGGUGUUUGGAUAUUAUCCAAUUAUCAUGACAUCCAGCUGUCAUCAUGAAGUCAUCGACGCGUUGGAGUGUACUAAUGCACUGAAAAUUCUGUGCGUGGGACGUGUUUGUCUUGACAUUAUUCAAAUGUGUCAACAAUUUCCUUUGGAGGAUUCCACUGAACGAUCUAUUGACUACAGAUGGCAAAGAGGAGGCAAUGCAUCUAAUAGUUGUACUGUGCUAUCGUUGCUAGGACAGCGAUGCGAGCUUCUGGCAUGUUUGAGUGCAGAAGAACAUGUUAAUUUUUUGCAAAAUGAUCUGCGCAAAUAUAAAAUUGAUUUUUCUCAUUGCCCUAUGAUAGAAAAUAUUGGCUGUCCCACCGCAAUCAUUAUACUGAGUUUAAGUACUGGAACUCGCACAAUUGUAUAUCACAAUCAGAAGUUACCAGAAUUAACAUCAAAAAAUUUCAAGCUACUUAAUUUAGAGGAAUAUAGUUGGAUUCAUUUUGAAGGAAGGAAUGUAGAUGAAGUGUUACUUAUGAUGCAGCAUAUAGAAAAUUAUAAUAACUUGUUAAAGAAUACGCAUGAUCACAGUAUCAAAAAUCGUGUGCCAAUUACAAUUAGUGUAGAAUUAGAGAGUCCCAGGGCAGGUAACAGAUUACUGGAACUGUUACCAUAUUCUGACGUAGUAUUUGUAGCAAAAGAAUUUGCUACGAGCCAAGGUUUCCAUAAUAUGGAUAAAGUAAUGCAAAUUAUAGGCCAAGAUGCUGGACUUAAAGGAGCCCUCAUUUGUGCCUGGGCAGAGGAAGGUGCGAUUGCACGUACUCCGUUUGGUACAAUAGUACAAUCUCCAGCUUUUCCACCACAGGAAGUGAUUGAUAGUUUAGGUGCAGGCGAUACAUUCAAUGCAGCUGUUUUAUACUAUUUAAACAAAAGCAAAAUAGAAUUUAUUCAUAAAUGUGAAGAAGAGACAAUUUGCGCGAGUGAUAUUAAUCAAAUGAACAUUGGUGCUUGUGAUAGCACUGUACUUAGACAAGAUACUGAACAAAAUUCCGAUAUAAAAAAUUUGAAAUUUAUUGAUGAAAUAGUUUUACAAAAGGCCAUCAAAUUUGCAUGUUGUCUUGCUGGUGCAAAAGUUGGGUUGAGAGGAUACGAUUGUCUUGAUAUAAUUUUUAAUGAUAUUUUGAAAAAUGACAAAUAGCAGACGUUAUUGAAGUAUAAUAUAUAAAUAUA